UCAGGUUGCUCUCUCUCUCACGUGUUUCCUACCCUUCAUCCUUGUUUCUCUCUGAUCUCGCUUCGAUGGCGCAUCGGCUGCUCCGCGACGCUCAGGCCGACGGCUGGGAGCGCUCUGACUUCCCGAUCAUAUGCGAGUCAUGUCUCGGUGAUAACCCCUACGUUCGAAUGACCAUAGCGCACUAUGACAAAGAGUGCAAAAUUUGCACCAGGCCUUUCACGGUCUUCAGGUGGAGGCCAGGUCGUGAUGCACGAUUUAAGAAGACCGAGAUUUGCCAGACUUGUAGUAAGCUAAAAAAUGUAUGCCAGGUUUGCCUCUUGGACCUGGAAUAUGGUUUGCCCGUACAGGUCCGCGAUACAGCAAUGGCUAUAAAUUCCAAUGAUGCCAUCCCAAAGAGUGAUGUCAAUAGGGAAUACUUUGCUGAAGAGCAUGACCGGAGGGCAAGAGCUGGAAUAGACUAUGAUUCUUCAUAUGGGAAGAUACGUCCAAAUGAUACCAUUUUAAAGCUUCAAAGGACUACACCAUAUUACAAGAGAAAUCGGGCUCAUGUUUGCAGUUUCUAUGUGCGUGGAGAAUGCACUCGAGGUGCUGAAUGCCCUUACCGGCAUGAAAUGCCUGUAACUGGAGAGCUUUCACAACAAAACAUUAAGGAUCGAUAUUAUGGUGUCAAUGAUCCCGUCGCCCUCAAACUCCUCGGAAAGGCCGGCGAGAUGUCAUCUCUAGCUCCACCUGAUGACGAGACCAUAAAAACCCUUUAUGUCGGCGGUCUCGACGCCCGAAUCACCGAGCAAGAUCUGCGGGACAAUUUCUAUGCCUGCGGAGAGAUCGAAUCCAUUAGAAUGGUCUCCCAACGCGCUUGCGCCUUCGUCUCCUACACCACCAGGGAAGGAGCCGAGAAAGCUGCGGAGGAGCUCUCGAACAAGCUUGUUAUUAAGGGCCUCCGCCUAAAACUAAUGUGGGGGAAGCCCCAGGCACCAAAGUUAGAAACGGAGCCAGGCGACGACGAAGCUUCUCACCAAGGACUCGUCGUCGCCCAUGGCGGCUUACUCCCAAGGUCAGUUAUAUCGCAGCAGCAGCAGAGCAGCCAGCCGUUGCCUCUUCAUUACUUCAACAUUCCGCCUCCUCCAUUGCCGUCGGAGAGGAGCUUCUACCCUUCGAUGGAUCCGCAGAGGAUGGGAGCGAUGGUGCCUUUGUCUCAGGAGUCGAGCAAUGGCAAGACUGAAUUAGAGAGGCCUCCCCUACAUAUGAAAGGUCAGUACCCACCUUACUAUCCACCUUAUGCUUAUAUGGCACCUCCUCCUCCACCUCAGUAUCAACAGCAGCAAUACCACCACCCAUUUCAUCAGAUGACAGCACCUCGGCCGCCACCGCCAUUGUCGGCUGCUCUGCAACUCCAGCCUUCAGGAGCUGAUUUAGCUUCAUCAUCACAUGGUUGAUCUUUUGUGUUUUUGCUAUUGCAGAGUUGGCUGGGAAGAUUUUUUUUGUCUAUUCUGGAAUGAUAUAUCUUGAAAAAGGCUUCUAUGGAAAUUCAGUUUUAGAUUAUUUUGAAGGGAAAAGGUACAUUUGCCUUCAAA